AUGAGCUUGAUCGAUACGACCGGGCUUGGAGGAACCGCGGGUUCUCCUACUUGUGCUGCUGGUACUGGUAACGGUAAUGAUGGAGGCAGCAGCUUUCCUGCCAAACUACACCGCAUGCUGACAGACAUGCAAGACAGCGACAGUCGCGUCGUCUCCUGGGCGUCGCAUGGCAGAGCGUUCAAGGUUCAUGACAAGAAAACAUUCUUGGCAGAAAUCAUGCCCAAGUACUUUUAUCAGCUCAAAUACAACUCUUUUCAGCGACAGCUUAAUCUAUACGGGUUCAAGAAAAUACAGCAUCAAGGCAAGGACAAGGGAAGUUUCUAUCACGAAAACUUCCUUCGGGGAAGGCCAGAACUCACAAGGACCAUUAUACGCACCAAAGGAAAGGGGGAAACUGGCAGGCCAAGGGCAUCUGAAAAGGAGCCGGACUUUUUUGCAAUGCCUCCAAUGCCCACCAGUACAAAAACAAACACAAACAGCAGCACAAGUUGUGCCUAUAGUCCACAGAAUACCAAGACAUCACCGUUCCUUAAAGACACUAAUUUUGCUCAGACGCAAAGCAUACCGAUAGCAAACGUCAAGGCAGGGGUAAAACGACCGGCACCCGGGUCACGCAGCUGGGGCUGCCAAACAUCCUUGGGCAUCACUCAGACCUCCAUGGACAUUCAUAAUGCAUUGAUCAGACAAACGAUGCCCAAGCCACAAGAGGAAUCUGACCGCCACUUUGCAGGCACGGAACACUCGAGACCAAUAUUGAAUGGAUUUACGGCAUCACAUCAGGAAUCCAGACCGAGCGCAGCUUCUCCUCGAGGCACUGCCACCAACAAGUCGGAAGACGAGAACGUCAAUGCCUUUUCCACCAUGGUUUUGCCCUUUGAUUGGGAGCCAACGCCGUUCCAACCCGGUGCUUGUCUACCAAUAACAAACCAGAACAGCAAUACUAGUACAUGUAAGACACACCCGACAACGGAGAAUACGAAAAAUCAGAACCUGCCAUCAUGGCAAAUGCAGGGCAUGGACAUGUCAGCACAGAGCAUCGUUUUGAGCGGAAGGAAACCUCCUCCUGCCAAAGGGGAGAAACAAAUGGUCACGAUGGGGCCACCAGUACAGACACAAGCCAACGGCGUUGGCAACAAUCUAUUAUUAGAGCCUCGCCAGUUCUCUUGGCAAGCCCAAACCACGCCGAAUCCAAGACAACCUCAUGCCCAAGAAACAAUGGCCAGAACCAACACACAAGCUCCUGCACAGUUCCCCAAUUCCGAUUCGAUGUCCCAGCAUGGAUUGGCAAACUCGCUUGUUGCUGGCGCUUCCAAUAAUCCCUCUAUCCAAGAGGAAAAGGAUGAUUGCACUUGUCUGGAAAGACUCCUAUUUGGAAGCCUUGAUGGUGGCAAUGUCCAAAAGCAAUGUACACACCAUCACCACCAAGUCAUGUAG